GAACCAGCGCGCUGGUUCAUCGCAAAUCUCCGAAAUCGUUUUGACGUCUACUAGUUAUCGUGCCUUCUUUCUUUUUUGACGUGACUAGCGAGGAUAAUGGUUAAGGUCAAGUGCUCCGAGCUGAGAACCAAGGACAAGAAGGAGCUCACCAAGCAAUUGGAUGAGCUCAAGAAUGAGCUUCUCAAUCUGCGUGUGGCUAAGGUCACUGGAGGUGCACCAUCCAAGCUCUCCAAGAUCCGUGUGGUGCGCAAGGCCAUCGCUCGCGUCUACAUUGUGAUGCAUCAGAAGCAGAAGGAGAACCUGCGCAAGGUCUUCAAGAACAAGAAGUACAAGCCCCUGGAUCUGCGCCGCAAGAAGACCCGCGCCAUCCGCAAAGCUCUGUCGCCCCGCGAUGCUAACCGCAAGACGCUGAAAGAAAUUCGCAAGCGUUCCAUCUUCCCACAGCGCAAAUAUGCCGUCAAGGCAUAAAACUGCAAAACAAUUAUGUUGCGCAUCUUGAGGACAUUAAGAGUUAUCCAGCAAAAUAGGAG